CCGCCAACUAAGUUACGAUUUGCGUCGUCACGCUGAAGAAGUUUUUAGCUCGAGUUACUUAUAGAAAACGGGAUUCGCCUUGAUACAGGAGAGGUUCAGCACCGGAUAUGCUGCGUGAAAUGACACCUUUUCGUGCUUUUUGACGAGAGUUCCGACGUUAUUACCGCGUAGCUACCUGCCGCUGCGCGCCGCCGCCGCCGCGUCGAGCCAGAAGCCUGAUGUUUUCGUCGAGUCAAGAGGAGCACAGCGCCCCGUCCAAAGAGCCCGUCAAAUACGGGGAGCUGGUGGUACUCGGGUACAAUGGAUCCCUGCCCAAUGGAGAUCGGGGUAGACGGAAAAGCAGAUUUGCAUUAUUAAGAAGGACCAAAGCCAGUGGUGUUAAGCCAAGCACUGUGCACAUCCUCAACACGCCUCAGGCCAGCAAGGCAGUGAGCUGUAAAGGCCAACACAGCAUCUCCUACACGCUGUCCAGGAACCAGACCGUCGUGGUGGAGUACAGCCAUGAUAAAGACACAGACAUGUUUCAGAUUGGCCGUUCCACUGAGAGUCCCAUCGACUUUGUGGUCACUGACACAAUAGCAGGGGGCCAAGAAGGAGAAGAGACUCCAAUCACCCAGAGCACCAUUUCCCGUUUUGCCUGCCGAAUAGUCUGCGAGCGUAACCCGCCCUUCACUGCUCGCAUCUACGCAGCUGGGUUUGACUCGUCCAAAAACAUCUUCCUUGGGGAAAAAGCAGCAAAAUGGAAAAACCCUGAUGGUCACAUGGAUGGCUUAACAACCAAUGGCGUGCUGGUAAUGCACCCCAGAGGCGGGUUCACAGAAGAGUCCAAGCCUGGCGUGUGGAGAGAAAUCUCCGUCUGUGGUGACGUUUACACCCUGAGGGAGACCCGCUCAGCACAGACCCCGGGCAAACUGGUGGAGAAUGAAAGUAACGUACUGCAGGACGGCUCCCUGGUGGAUCUGUGCGGUGCCACCCUGCUGUGGCGUACGGCAGAGGGCCUCUUCCACACCCCCACCCAAAAACACCUGGAGGCGCUCAGGCAGGAGAUCAAUGCAGCACGGCCCCAGUGCCCCGUCGGGCUCAACACCCUGGCCUUUCCCAGCAUGCAGCGCAGUCGUGCCCUCUCCACCCUGGAGGACAAGCAGCCCUGGGUCUACCUGGCGUGCGGCCACGUACACGGCUACCAUAACUGGGGACACCGUUCCGAGCAGGAGCCCAACGCCCAGCGGGAAUGUCCCAUGUGCCGAGUGGUCGGGCCUUACGUUCCGCUGUGGCUGGGCUGCGAGCCCGCCUUCUAUGUGGACACGGGCGCGCCCACGCACGCCUUUGUUCCGUGCGGACAUGUGUGCUCGGAGAAAUCGGUCAAGUAUUGGUCAGAGAUCCCGCUGCCCCACGGCACACACGCCUUCCACGCCGCCUGCCCCUUCUGCGCCACACAACUUAGCCUGACACAGGGCUGUUCCAAGCUCAUCUUCCAGGGGCCGGUGGACUGAGCCCGCGGAUCAGGCAGGAACGCCGACACACUGUGAAACUCCUCUGGUUAUUUUGUGCUUUCAUUUGUGUUCUCAAGUCGCGGUCCCGAACACAGGGGCACUGCGUACCAUUCAGGACCUCUUGUAGCUCUUUGGAUGGCUGUGAUGCAGCUUUGUGGACCAAACUGGACCACAAACGCCAAGCUCCUUCAGAAUUAAACUCUGUUCCCGCUACACUGCCAACAUUUUUUAAAUAGUUUUAACAAAACUCCAGCACUGCACUGUGUGACAACAGCUGCUGGUUUCCAUCAAAACCUCAUCAAAUUAAGAUUGUAGGAGUGAAUUAUUCUCACUCGUUGUCGUGAAGUCUUUAGACCCGACCAGGUGAGCAGGUGUAGUUUGAGUCUGUGGGAAAAGAGAAAGUUAAAAUGGAAUUCCUGGUGUGUUUGAGACAGUUUUUACAGAGCCAGACAGCUGGACUGUUGGCUAGAAGAAACACCAAGAGACACGUGAGCUCUCACUGUGAACUACUUAAGUGCUUUGCAUCGGAUCCUUAACCCCUCAAGACAUCGACAGUGCAGCAGGCCAUGUGGCCUUCUCUUUGUCAGGAGUUAAAAAAAGUCUUUUCCUGUACAGAGAUAUAAUCCAGUGCCUCAUACCCCAUUAAACCUUGUGACUAUUUUCAUAUAAGAUAUAUUUUGCUGAAGGCAAAGAGCAACUGACGCCACUCCAGGAUUCGCCUGCAGAAGAGAUAUUUUACUACACUGAGGCUCUUGUACUGUUUUAUAAUGCAAAUGUUAAUAUAUAUUUUUUGUUCUUCUGCA